AUGGGGUGCACCCCUUCCCACAGUGACAUCGUAAACAGCGUUGCAAAGAGUGGCAUUCAGUUUUUGAAAAAGCCCAAGGCAAUUUUGCCAGGAUGUCAGGGGGGCAGUGAAAGAGGUUCCAUCCCUUUGCUGGUUAAAAACUCCUCCUGCUAUGACGCUGGGGGGUACCUGCCCGAGGGAUGGGGGCCAGCGGAGGAGCAGCCAGGUUCCAGGAGGAACCAAACCACGGCUGAAGGUCUCUGUCAGCUCACGGGAGACCCUGCUUCAUGCCAAAGGAAAGAUAUGAAAGGACUGAUCCCAAAACACAAAACCUCUCCAUCCCAGCUGAACAAAUCACAAAGCCACAUGGCUAAGCGUGCUCCAUUCAAGACACAGGGCUCCCGCGGCUCGCAAGGGGCAGCCUUUUCUGGGGAAGAGAGUGAGGGAAGUACUUCCAAGGAGACCACCAAAUGGGAAAGGAAGCCAAAAUGCCACAGGUCGGGCAAACAGUGCCAUCGCUGCCAAACCACGCCCCCUGCUCAUAGUUCUGAAGGCAAAGUGGACUUCCCCGAGCCCCUGGUCAAGGCCCACCAGCACGCUUAUGCCUAUCUGCACUCCAGCCUCUCCAAAUAUGAAGCCAUUCUGUGCAUCGUCCGCCAGGCCACCCAGACCCGGGAGCUGCUGCAGCCCAUGCUCAGCUUCCUGCUGCUGUGCUCCGAGGAGAUCAGCCAGCUCUUGGGGGAGAUCUCCAAGGAUGGAGAAGUGCUGCUCCAGGAGGUCAGGGCGGAUCUGGCUUGGCCGUCGAGGAAAGGAGAGCCCUGGGAGCAGCCAGACCUCCUGCAACAGCUGCUGCAGUACACAGUCAGCAAGCUGCAGGCGCUCAACGGCACGGUGGCCUUGCUCACUGGCAGCUGCCUGGAGGGUUCCAGCAGCUACCUCCACUCCACUGCAAGCCUCUUGGACAACAAGCUAAGCAUGAAGAAGAGUGUGGAUGAAUGCCUCCUAAGGGCUCUGGGGCAGCUAGAGAGCCUGGCGAGUGCCCCCAGCAACCCUGGGGUGCAGGGUCCACCCUUGUGUUCCGAGGACAGUGGCAUUGGUGCCGACAAUGAGUCUGUGCAGUCUGUGGACAAGCUGGCCAAGCAAAACAGCUGGGACUUUGCACCAGAGCCAGUAGAAUGGAAGCUGGUGACUUCACCCCACGUGGAAACCGGGCUGUCGGGACAUGCCUGGCAGCACAGUCCGUGCUGGAUGGGCUCAGACAGGCCCCAGGACUGCCCACUCUCAAGGCCUCCUAUGGCAAAGGUUCAGCCGGCAGCACAGGGAGAAGCACGGAGCCCGGGCCCCUCCAGCGCAGGCCCAGGGAGCAACACCUCCAGGCCUUUGGAGCCGGGCAAAAGUACUCUGUGCGAUUCCUUCGGGAUCGGGGUCCCUGCAGAAGUACAUCUUCCUAAAAGCUCCAGGUCGCUGGAUGCUCCAUCCUUUAGUGAAGUUGAGGACAGCAGCCCGGAGGAGGAAGAAGAUGAAGUUAGCAGCCUGAAUCUGUGUGCAUGGCAGGAAAAGGCUCCACAUUCCAGGCCAAAGUCUUCACCUGCUGACCGGGAAAGCCCGUUGCAGCCCCGCCCCAGGAGGCUGAGGAGCCCCCAAGCCCAGGAAAUGAUUCUGAAGAUGAAGGAAGCCAUCAGUGAAAGGAUCAAGUUUGUCCCCGUGCCCUCUGGGUACCAGGACUGGGCUGAGGAGGAAGAGGGAAGGUCAGUGGUCCCCCCAAGACCUAGCACAGUCAGUGGUAGCAGAUGGGCCCCCGAGAGGCAGAGGAGGUCCCUGUCAGAGUCAUGUAUUCAGAACCAGGUGGGGGACUCCACCCUCCAGGAGCUGCGGAGGGUCCAGAGAGACCUCAGUCAGAGGCUGGAGGUGUUUUAUGCCCUGGGUGCCAAAGGGCAGGGGCAGAGCCAGGACCAGAUUCUGCAGCCCAGAGCGGCGGCUCUGUGGCCCAGCAACUGCAAGGUCGGGCCGAGCAGCACCACUAGCAAGCUCAGGGCCUCCCUCACCAAGAACUUCAGCAUUUUGCCUAGUCAGCACAAGAGCAUUUUGCAGAAAUGCAGUCCCCACUCUGAGGGCGAACAGCCCUGGCUGGGGAAAGAGAAGCUUCCAAAUGCCACCCCAUCAGAUGAGGACAAUGAGGCUCCCAGGGCCAAGGACAGGGACUGUCCCCCCAGAACGUCAGUCAAGAAACUUAUUGAAACUUUCAGCCCCACUGAGAGCGUGAGGACACUGGGUGAUUCCAAGAACUCUGGGUCAAGCCCCGGCCUUAAGAGGUGGGGGGUCCCCAUCAUGCCACCUAGGUUUCCCAUUUACAGGGGGCUUGCCCCUUUGUAUCCUAAGCCCCAAAUUUCUCCAGCACUAGGCAGAGAACCUUUCAAAGUGGGCACAGGCUGGAGGCCCUUAGCACCUAUCUUUCCCCCUGUGCCUACAACAGAAGCACCCAAGAGUGCAGACAUCAACCGUGAAGUGGAGGGGGACCCAGAGCACCUCCCUCCACCGCCUCUGGAAGUCCUCAUGGACAAAUCAUUCACUUCUCUGGAGUUCCCAGAAAGCAGCAAGUCAGCAGAGAGCUCCCCCGAAGGGACCCCGGUACCAGGGCAGGGAGGAGCUGGCCCUGCCAGGAGAACAUGGGCUUCCCCAAAGCUGAGAGCCUCCAUGAGCCCCGUGGACUUACUGCCCAACAAGAGCAACACCAACCUCGCCAGGCCCCACAGCACAGGACCAGGGAGCAGCAAGAGCGGCUGCGAUCCCAGAAAGCUUGCCUUGGACCCCAACCACCCGCCAGCCACCAGCCAAAACCCAGAGGGGGAGGAUGGGGCCCCGAGCCAGGCACAGGCAGAGAAGGCCACAAGCCUCCACAAGCAGCCCCGGAAGGCCAUGCCCUGGCACCACUCCAGCCACACAUCUGGGCAAAACAGGACCUCAGAUCCCAGCCCGGCCAGACCAACACGAGGGCCACGUUCUCCCGAGGCUGCAAGGCAGAGCCGAGAGAGAAGCCCCCCGACAGCCAGGAAGGCCUCUCCCACAAGGGCACACUGGGUGCCCCAAGCAGACAAGAGGCCCCCCAGCCUGCAUUCCUCUCACAGACCUGCCCAGCCAAGUCCCCCCACUGUGCAGGGGUCCCCCAGCCCACCACUCAGCUCUGGAGCCCCCAGCCCACCUGUGAGCCCCAGGGUGCUAAGCCCACCCACAACCAAGAAUCGAACUUCCCCACCACGCCAGCACAAGGCCUCCAGCCCC